UCUCACCCUCCUGCUCAAUCCUCAAUCUUCGAGGCAAGUCCAUCAACCAUCAAGAGAAAAUUAAAAGAAGAAGACCAUGAUGAUGAACGACACGUCCGUCUCUGCCAAUACCGCUAGUAGUAGUAGCAUCAUCAUUCCCCCUACAGAUGAUGAUUGUCGAACGACAGUGUUUCUGAUUGUGUUGAUCCAUGUGUUGUUUCUGCAUCAAUGGAACAGUCGUCAACGACGCAAGGAUCUGCUUGUUUCCUAUCAUGUGAUUGUGCAAAAGCGGCAAUUUCACAAACUCUGGAUGGCCUUGUUGUCGCAUCCACCUGCCGCUGGUAAUCAUACGUCCGUCUUUCGACAACAGCAACAGUCCGAUGAGCCAUUGAAUCCUACAGCAGUGCCACUGGGAAACAACAAUACUACUACUACUGCGAAUACUGCCGCUCUGCUCAUGCCCCACCAAGAAUUACGAGCCUGGUUGACAUCACUGAUACGACAAGUGGCAUCGUGGUCGUAUCAAUCGGGAUUUGCCCUGCUGCUGUACAAUUCACACAUUCUCUGGUCUUGUCGAGCUUUGGAAGGCUUUUACAAUUGGGGACAGUUCUUGCCAUCCUCAGCAUCCGAUGCUACUACUAUUACGACAAUUCCACUACAGUCACCAGAAACUACCAUACCGGUAGUACCACUGGAAGAAAAACCACAACCACUGCAAUACGCCCGUGUCCUCUUGACGUUGGCUGCCAUUUCCGUAUUGGUCGAAUUACGAAUCUGCCACACACUGCUCAAAAUUUCCAAACGAUUGGCAGGACAAGAUGUCUUUCAACAACACUUGCAGCCAAGCAUGCACGACAAUAAUCGCAUGCAACAAAAAAUUCUACGACGGCCCAUUGGCACCUUGACGGCACUCUCUUGUGCGCUCAUUACACUCUUUCAACAUCAUUUUCCGUAUGUACCACUCCAAGUACUCCCGUUUGUGGACAAUCGCGUCUGGUUGCUCGGAUUCAAUCUACUGUCAUCGUCCACAUUGUCGUCACUGGCGUGUUGGGCCAUUCUCGGGUACCUUAGUUAUCCCAGUCAUCCCAUUACACCCGUCAUGUGUGGAUUACUCUCGGGAAUACUAUGGGCCUUUGGAAUUACCUCCUUUUUACAAGAUGCCUACUGGGCCGGAUCCAUGGUGCUGCUGCUCCUCGUGCUCUGCUGUCUCUCGUUACGAGCGAGUGACAACCAUACUUCUUCUUCUCAUCAUCAUGAAACUACUACUGUAAUGACCAUGGACACGUGGAUUCCCUGUGUCGAUUACGUGUCGUGGAAUCAUCGAGGACAGAGUCUCGUACGACCAAUACUACAGCUCACCUCCUCCAACAACAACUCCAACAACAACAAUACUAACAAUAACAAUCAUACGAGCAUUAUCAUCAACUCGUCCGAUGAUGAGGACGAUGACGAUGACUCGAGCACCGGGACAUCUUCCGGUACUUCCUCCAUCUACUCAUCAUCACCACGCCCCGAACAACAUCCACCACCACCACAAUCGAGAUUGAGAGACCCAAACGUCAAUGAUGAUGAUGAUGAUAGUGACAGUAUGGAAGCCAUUCCUCUCUUGAUGGAUCCAACACAAAGUCAACAACAGCAGACCAUGAGAUCGAGGAGAGGGAUUAGUAGUUAGUUAGCUACAUACGGUAGUUAGCAGAGCAGCAGCAAAGCUAGAAAAUGGAAAUUGGAUUCGAUAUCAUUCGUUCCUUUCCACACGACGAGGCAACCAAACAACAGCAAUGUGGUACCGUAUGGUACGACAUGUACUGUGCAGAGAAACUAAGAGUCCCUCCUCACUCAACACGGCUGAGUUCUUUGAUAUGUCACAAUACAAAUGGUGGUACAGCUAUACGCUGGGGUAUGGGUGAGUAGUAGACGUGCUGGGUUGGGUGCCAACGUUUCCUCUCUUUUGGUGGCUGCUGCGAGAUAUGUCGGGUCAUGAUCCACAAAUAAAUGUAGUGCUACAGUUUGCUUCUCUAGCUAGCUAGCUAGCUAGUUAAAAUUUAUAAAUCAGUUAGUUGUACUCGU